CUCUAAUUUUUGGAUGCCAAUUUUGAGGCGUAUUAAGGAAAUAGGAGUAAGUUGAAUAAAUUCAUUGAGGCUGUAAGCUUUUUUUCCACUCCUUUCUACAGAAGAUGAAAAGCUACAAAAUGGAUGGACCACACAGAGGAUUUUGUCUUGUUAUUAAUAACGUUAAAUUCAAUCAGUCUCUUAGUGAAAGGAGGGGUUCCUUCAAAGAUGCUGAGGAACUGGAGCGAGUAUUCACGUGGCUUGGUCUGGAUGUGAGGAUUUACACAGAUCUGACAUCUCAGAAGAUUAAAGAACUCAUGCAAACUUGGCAGCAGCUGCAAGAUCACAAAGACAGGGACUGUUUUAUAUGUUGUAUUCUGUCUCAUGGAGAGUCAGGAGCAGUCUAUGGGAAAGAUGAGGAACUUGUAUCGAUCCGCACAAUCAUGUCCUACUUCACUGCAAGACAGUGUCCACAGCUGGCAGAAAAACCCAAACUCUUCUUUAUCCAAGCGUGCCAGGGUAAAGAGAUACAGUGUGGUGUCCCUGUUAAAACUGAUGCACGAAUUCCAGACUCAUCUUCCAUGCAACAGAGCUUUUCUCCUUCUGAAAGUAUUCCUGAAGAGGCUGAUUUCCUCCUAGGCAUGGCCACUAUUGAUGGAUAUGUCUCCUUCCGGCAUAUUCAACAGGGUGCUUGGUACAUUCAGGCCCUGUGCAGCAAGCUACAGCUGUUGGUACCAAGGUAAAUACUUUUCUUAGCUCUUCCGUGAAGGACUGGGAGGAACUUCCCCCUUCUCUUUAACUCCAAAGGGAAAUUCACAUAGGAACGCUAACCCAUGUUCUGAGGUGGACAGUAUUAGUUAAACUGAUGAUUUGUUUGCUUGCACCGCUAAAGUUACAUUUGUGGUGGAUUGACCCUGGCUGGACACGAGGUGCCUGCCAAAGCCACUCUAUCGGUUGUACAGAGGUGAGAAAGUAUAUUUAGAGGUUUAUGAGUUCAGAUAAGGACAGGGAG